UCUAUUCUGUGGGGGCUGUGAGCUCAGCGAGUUUGUUUCUGUGUCUAUAAUCCCCUCUCUCUGGGCGCCAGCAUAUAAAAGCGACGGGGGACAUGGCGCACUCACACACAGACCACCAGUCUCAGCCUUGAAUCUACUCCUUUACUCACACACAGCCACAGUCAUCAUGUCUGCUGGAGGAGAGAAAUCUAAGUCUGCAUCCCAGACUGAUGGGAAGGCCGCUCAAAACAAGAUGUCUGAGAUGGGCAUGAUGUCCUAUAAGAUGUGUGUUUACGACCAGGAGAACUUCCAGGGUCGCUGCAUUGAGAUCAACGGCGAGUGUAUGAACGUGUGUGAAAUGGGAAUGGACAGAGUGCGUUCCCUGCGCGUCACCUCCGGACCUUUCGUGGGCUUUGAGCAGAUGAACUUCUGCGGAGAGAUGUUCAUCCUGGAGAAGGGCGAGUAUCCCCGUUGGGACUCCUGGAGCAACUGCCAGAAGAAUGACUACCUGCUGUCCUUCAGGCCCGUCCGCAUGGACCCCGAGAAGCACAAGGUCUGCCUGUAUGAGGUUGGAGAGUUCAAGGGCCGUAAGAUGGAGAUCAUGGACGAUGACGUCCCCAGCCUGUUUUCCUACGGUUUCACCGAUAGGGUUGGCAGCGUCAUGGUCAGCUGUGGAACCUGGGUGGGUUACCAGUUCCCCGGCUACCGUGGCAGCCAGUACCUGCUGGAGAAGGGAGACUACAGGCAUUUCAAUGAGUUCGGUGCCCGCUGCCCCCAGAUGCAGUCCAUUAGGCGCAUCCGCGACAUGCAGUGGCACCCACAUGGCUGCUACACCAUGUCCUCCAAGUGAAACCCGACGAGGGCUAGGAAGAGAGGGAUCGGAGGAGAGUCGGAGGCCGAGGGUGGGCACAGAGAUGGAGGGGGAGGCGGUGGAGGGAGGGUGAAGAAGGAGAGGAGGAGGGAGAGGGUGUAACUUUUUAUCCUCUGUCCCAAAAUCCCUUGGACGCUUUGAAUGCAGGAUGGAGGAAAUGCAGUUGGUUGUUAUUUUUAGCUGAGGGAACACUGUAAUCUAGCGAGCAAUGAAAAGUCAUUCAAAGAGAAGGAAGAGAUAAUUACACGGCCUGUUGAGACCGGAUCAGAUAAUAAAUGCUCUCCCUCCAUUUUUGUUCUCCCUCUUUGUCUGUCAGCUACCUUCUUCCCAACUUUCCUCUUUCUCCUCCCCUCCCUCCCUCUCUCCACCUCUCACAUUUCUCUUUCACAUCCCACCAACGUCAUCCCUCACUCAGUUCAUUAGAGCCACACUUGGGGGGAGGGGGGAAAGGCAAAAGUGUUGAUUUGUGUGUUUGUGUGGUGGGGGAUCUGGGACAUAAGAGCUCAGAUCCUGCAGCCACAUCAACCCUAAACCCCAAUAAAGCAUCUCAC